AUGGAUUCCCAGCCAAAUGACAUGAGCCUCCCUGGUGUGUGGGUCUCGCUGUACUUUGGAUUCCUGGGGCUGUGUUCAGUGAUAACUGGUGGCUGCAUUCUCUUUCUGCACUGGAGGAAGAACUUGCGGCGGGAAGAGCGUGCCCAGGAGUGGGUGGAGGUGAUGAGAGCCGCUGCGUUCACCUACAGCCCACUGUUGUACUGGAUUAACAAGCGAAGGCUCUAUGGCAUGAAUGCAGCUAUCAACAUAGCCUCUUCCCCUACUGUCACUAAGACUGAGACUGAAGUCCCAAGUUCAGAUCCACCAUGGGAGUUGGAGAGCUCUGAGAGUAGGAGCUAUGCUGCUCAACAGAGCAGCCCUAAGCUGGAGGCCUCUGUCCCCCUGCAACCUGCUUUGCAGCUGGUCCCACCGCUACCCCCGCCUGCCCCGAUGCCUCGGCCCCAGGCCAGCUCUCCCGUUUCCAUCUUUCAGGAGGCACCCUUUGCCCUCUCCCUGUAUGACCUACCUCCAAUGCUGAACCACUCGGUCUCUUACCCUUUGGCCACCUGUCCUGAAAGGAACAUCCACUUCCAUUCCCUCCCCACACUGGCCCAUGGGGACCACUGCUUCAAUGCCAAGCCUUUUGCUUCAGAACUGUAG